CUAGACGAUUUUAAUAGAUGAUUACACCUAGAGAGAGUGUGACUCUUGUUUUUAUAAAUAGGGGCGUUAAAAGAAUGAAACUUAUGUAAAUGGAUUAUAAUUCGUAAAAGGAAGGCACUGUACCAGAACUAUGACGAUGGGGCUCGGAAUAGAUACCUACUUUGAGGCACAACUCGUCGGUCGAAAAGAUGAACUUCGCGAUUUGAAAGCUGCAUGGAACAAAAAAUUAAGAAUGUUCGGAAUUUUUGGGAUGCGAUCUGUUGGUACAUCAAGGCUAGCGAAGGAGUUUCUGGCUAGUGUCUCGGGCCAAUAUGAUGAACUAGUCUACGUUAACCUAAAGGAGACCAGCGACCUUGCCGCGAUGUACGUCAAUAUAUGCGCUCAGGUAACUGUUUCUAUUGAAUCUCGUCCAACCGAUGUCAAGUCGUGGGAAAGCAUGAUUGUCUCUGCUGUUUCCACUAGAAAAACGCAAUACGUGUUCUUUUUUGACAACGGCGAAUACUUUCUUGACGAGGGAGCCGAAACUCGCGACCCUCUUCAAGAUCUCGUUGUUGCUCUUAUAAAACAGAACAAUAUCAAAAUUAUGAUUACUUCUUCAACGACGUUCCAGCUGGCGAGUUUGUGUGGUUUGUACCACGUGUGCGAGCUGCAACCGCUAAAGCCAGCAGAGACAUUGGAGUUACUGAGAGCCGAAACACCCGGGAUGGACUUCGGCGAAUACUUGAAACCUAUUGCUGAACUGAGUGAAGGUUUACCGCGUUUGAUUUUUAUGAUAACGUCUGAGCUUCGAUGUGACGGAGGCAUGUUGACGCCGAAGGAUAUGGCACCACUGCUAGCGGAAUACAGACUGAUGGUCCUUAGUCGAGAAUUUUACCCCGCGAAGAUAGAGUUGGUAGGUGCCUCUUACACUACACCUGACAUUUACCGGCAGUUCAUCACGCGCUUGAGUCCCGUGCUUCAGAGACGGUUCUCGGCAUUGGAUUAUAUCCCAGGCUCGUUCACUGCAGAAGAGGCCAGAUCGCUCCUCGAUUUCCCGACGGAAGUGAUGGUGAAGAACAACGUUCUGGUCCCCAAACGUAGGCGUCACUUCAUUACCUAUGAUCCCGCGAAUAAGCGUUUCAACAUACAGGGAAUCUUGCGGGAGUGUCUCAAGACAUUUUUUGCUUUGCGGAACACUCCAGAAAUCCGCAAGCGUUUUUGCCAAACGUUCACGGAGGUAAUGACUAGCAUAUCUCGACGUUUUACGUCUCAUGAGUAUGCGAGCGCCUUGGCGGACUUUGCAUUUGAGCAGCCCAACCUGCAGAAGCUUUUGCUGGAGAUACAGUACACAACACAGGACACUUACACGUUCUUUAUUCGGAUCGCUACUGAGUCCACAGAGUUUAUCGAAAAAUAUCUCGCAGCAUCGACAAGCGGCUUGUGCAGAUUCCCGGAAGUUCUGAGGGGGAGUUGGAUGACGUCACAUGCGGGUAUGGUAAACUUCACGGAAAGUCACAUCCUUGGGCAUGAUCUGCGUCCAAUCCUGAUGACGAUUGACUUUCAGUGCGAAACGUACAGCGCAACUCUUGACAAGUACUUUCUGAAGUCAACUACCGAAUUUAAAGUUUUCGACGUGACAUUGAUCGUGUACAUGUGCCUAGAGUUACAUCAGAUAUCCAGCAACAAGUUCUGGUACCAUCUGGGAUCAAACAUGCUUACGAACCCCGAGUAUAGACUGUAUGCAAAGCCUUCCAGCGUAACGGUUGGUCUGCAAGAUGCUUGCAACAGGGUGGAGCCAUACAGCAUUGGAACGUUCUAUACACUUAUCAAGGAAGGGGCAGCGGAAGAAGGGCUGGCGGAAGCCACUUGUCCCCAGGAUUUUCUCCGCACGUUUUCCAAUGGUACCCUGACGAACGCCGUUGGUGACGUAAGCUGUUCUAGUGACGGUUUUGACGUCUGCUCAGACCCGACGUACAGGACGUUACUGAACGUAUCGUACAGCUCAGCGUGUGACUCGUCAUUAAAAUUAGCCGAUGGCGGUGUUAGCAUAUGUCUUUUGGACAAGUUGAACGAGACAACGGGCGUGAGGUACCUUCACGUGUGGAACAACGAUACGGCGCUGAAGCCUGGGGUUCGGAGAAUAAACUGCUAUGCAUACACAGUUAGUGUUGACGGACUCAAUGCUACGAUAUAUCCAGAGGCGUGUCACGAAGGGCAGACAGACACCUACGUCAUAAAUCGAGGGGUCAAACUGAGAUAUGACGUAAUCACAGGUACAUUUCUGCUACCUGUCGUGACGGACACUGUCUAUCCUGGUUCCCAAAUCGCGUAUUACGUGGCCAUCAUCGGAGGUGCCUUGGGACUUAUCCUCAUCACUUUCCUUAUAGUGUGCUUGAUUUACAAGACAAGAUGCCGCUGCUGCAAAUGCGUCAACACAAAAUUCCGAGUGGGGCAUUCGGAAUCUUCGCUCUCCUCCUAUCUGUCUUCCAUGGAAAACGGUGAGGAGGAAAUGACGUCGUCUACUAAAAAUAGACAAACUCAUUUGACAAAUCACGGGACAGCGCUUGAUGGAAAAACAGGGAGAGAUCUCGAGAAAUCGGCGGAGUCCAAAACGAAAUCAAAGAGAAGGCGCUCUGAGCACAAGGGCGUGAAACCAAACGACAUAUGGGUUGCUAAGAAACCGAUUAAACUAGGACCAAUUGUAGAGCCGUAUAUGAUGCCGCCGCCAAAGGUGGAGCUUCUUUACAUGGUGGAGCCUAGGCCGACAACCGCCCGGACUUUCUUGAGCCAGCGGUCACUGUUCGCGAGUAAGGCUAGCAUACGACAUACAGACGACCGGCGACCAGCAGACGACCGGCGACCAGCAGACGACCGGCGAUCAGAGAACACAGAUUUGGCGCGCGGAAGUGACGUCAUAUAUUUCAUUAUCGCUGCAGACGUGGACAACUCGACCGGAGAGAGGUUCUACUUUGGACCCCCGGUCGGGGUCACCUUAUCGGCGGGCUGCAAUCGAACGGACACUCGAUCUGGGGGCGAAUACGAGCUCUUUAUUAAGAAAGACAAUCUGAGUGAAGCGCUGACGGCGUGCCCAGGGUCGCUGAUGUCGCAGUUCUGGGUGGUGGUCACCAGUAGCGCGGCGGUCAACUGCUCGAACACGACACUUGAUGGACAGCAGCCGGGCCUCCUCGCAUUCAACUACUCGUCAUGCGUGACCGGAAUGUUCAACAAGGGCGGCAUUCUCCAGUGCCUCUACAGUACCUCCUCAGACUACACCUACGUCACUCUGUACAACAACGACACGACCGUCAACGGUGUCACCACGUACCAGUUUACGUGCAUGGCACUGAGCAAGAGUGGUUCCCUGCUAACGGCCAGUGAGUAUCCGAAGAGAUGCCACACCGGACAGACACCCACCAGCGUCACCUCGCCCGGGAUAUUGUACAACAUGGCCGACCUGCUUAACGCAGACAACAGCAGCAGUAGCAGCAACAACAACGUCCUCAUCAUAGUGUUAUGUACCAUCGGCGGCGCCAUCGUCAUCGCCAUCAUCAUUAUUAUACUAUACCUCAAAAUCUUCCGCAAAAAAGAGGAGGCUCCAAAGAUUCGUAAAGCCAAGUCUAAGAUCUCCAUAACUGAUUACACGCCGCGCAUGGAGCGGGUCUCCUCGCUUGAGAAGGGCGUGAAUCUGGUGAACAAGCAGAGCUCAGGGGAGGUCCUCACGGGCAUCAUGGAGGGUCGGAAGAACAAAAAGGUCAUGGGAGACGCGUAUGAGCCGCCUAAGAAAGAGAAAUGGCAGAAGCAGUGGGAAAAAUCGCCCCGGCUAGACGGCUCACUGAAGGAAAGCAAGCGGAAAUCCGCGUCAGCCGUGAACAUUCCAACUCACGAGUUAGACAAAGCAUACACCGUCGCGUCGUCCCUGCCCGAGAGCGUUGACCUCCCAGAUAUCCCACAGGACACGGCGAAACGGCGCCCAGCCGACGGCGUACCGGUCUUCUCGACGCGAUUAGGCGUCCUGGAAAAAUCCCACGCAUCGCCGAAAAUUCCGCGCAGUACGGGCAAGUUUGGUGGCAGUCCAGACAGCUAUCAGUUCCCCGAAGAAGGUGUGCCUUCCCCGCCCGAGCCGCGGUUAGAUACUAUAACAGAAAACCCGUUUUCCCGCGAAAACACUGGGACGUCAGGGCUUGCCAAGUCGUUGAGGGAACAUCCAGAUAUGAUAACCGGUUUAAAGAAUCGCGGAGCAGACUCGAUGAACACCUUCCGUACCACGAGCACAGCGUCGGCUUGGCAAAUUAAAUGGGAAACAACGAUGCGACCCAAAACCCCAUCGCCUGUCAUGAAGAAAAAAUAUCGUCGGUCGAAAACGCCCGUUAAAUUAUUUCAAAAUACAUUCGAUUACUUUAAAUUAGAGGACAAGAAAAAAAACAUUCCUGAACAUUUGGUUAAUAAUAUCGAAAAAAUGUCUCCUGUAUGCAACAUCCCAAAUGAAUUUGUCGGAGGAGCAGACGUCAUACACUAUGAAAAUAAAAUACAAACUGAGAUGCGUAUUGCUGUAGACCCCUUUAACGAAACUGCCAAACCAGACAACGCUAAUGCAACGAAUACACGUCAUGAGCUUCAUAACUAUGAUAAUCCACGCGACAUUAGGCACGUGACAAUACAAUCUUCUGUCGAUAUGACAAAGGAAAAAGAUCUGAUUUCCAUCGGGAGCACUCUUAGCAGAGAUUCUGAAUUAGACAUGGCGGCAUAUUCAACGUUAAACGUCUCCGGGAUAUCCAUGGAUAUAGCCGACGGGGAUUCAAUAAGUCUACACGCGGAGCUUUUCUGGCCCAGCGAAUGGCUGUACGCCGAGGACCUGCAUAUGGAGGACAUUUGGCGAAAGGGGGCGCGGUCGGUGAACAGCAAACGCAAACGGGACUUUCGGCAGUUCCUGGGGGUGGAGCAUGAACGCAUCGCUAGCAAUGAAAAGUCAAAUAUGAACUAUGCGAAAAGCGCAUUUAAUGAAAGGAAGCGCCGAGUCUUGAAAAGAAAGUCUAAACAACCAUGAGCGUUUAUGCCCGUUUAAAAACAUUUAUAUGAGUCUGUUGUGCCUGGUUUUGUUACAUUUAUAUUAAUAUGGUUUGUUGGAAUGUAUGUGUACACGAUUAUUUCGUAAGCCAUGCAACUAUGUUGUCUAUAUCUAGUAUGCUUGCUUAUAUAUUCGAAAUCGUCAUCGUGUACGAAGUACGACAAUAUAUGAAACAGGCUUCACAUUAAUAUCAUUAUAAACAUUUACAGUUGCAUGCGCAUGUACAUGUAUAUAUUCAUAUUUGUUAUUAAAACUAUACGUGUUACUCUUUGAACUUACAUAACUAUUUAUAUGUACCAUGGUAAUUUUAAUAUUAAUAAUAUUUAAUCAU